UGGUAGUAGUACCCCACUCCAGUCCACUACUGCGCCGCACAAACGCCAUUUCCCCAGAAGAGAGCUCCAGAUUGGAAUCUCGAGAGAGGGAGGAAGGGGGAAAUGGCGGACUGGGGGCCGGUGGUGGUGGCGACGGUGCUGUUCGUGCUGCUGACGCCGGGGCUGCUGUGCACGGUGCCCGGGAGGGGGCGGGUGGCGGAGUUCGGGAGCUUCCACACCAGCGGCCUCGCCAUCAUCGUCCACGCCGUCCUCUACUUCGCACUCCUCACCAUCUUCCUCAUCGCCAUCGGCGUCCACAUCUACGCCGGCUAGCUAUGUACUACUCCUUUCACUGAUUGAUUUUGGUGGAUUGGUUGGUUGUCUGGUGAAUUGGGGAUCUCGCGUGUGUGUUUGCUGUACUAGAUGUCAUACUGUCAUGUCAGGUCGCUUGUGUUGUACUAGUACGGCAGAAUCAAAGGGUGUGUAGUAAUUCUCUUUUGUUCAUCUGAUUAGUACUAGUACUACUAAUUUGGUGCUGUACUACUGUGAUAUUGUUUCAGUGUUUUUGGUUGUACUAGCUAAUUAGUUGCAUCAUCGA